AUGGUUGUAACUUGGCUUCAAAAUGCAAUGUCCCUUGAACUCAAAAACAAUGUUGUGUAUGUUGAGACUGCUCAUGCCAUAUGGCUUGAGUUAGAGCAACGCUUUGCACAAAACAAUGGCCGACGGAUUUAUGAAUUGAAACAAUCAAUCCACUCUCUUACUCGAGGGGAUGACUCUGUUAGUCUAUAUUUCUCGAAAUUAAAAAGUUUAUUUGAUGAACUUCUUAAUUUUGAAAUCAUUCCAUCUUGUGCAUGUGGUGCUAUGCAACCUGUCAUUGCAAACCAACAACGUGACUGGAUGAUGAAGUUCCUCAUGGGACUUAAUGAUUCUUUCACCAAUAUCAAAGCUCAAAUCAUUCUUCUUAAACCCAUCCCUACCUUGAGUAAAGUUUAUGCUCUUGUUCAACAAGAAGAGAAGCAUAAACAAAUCUCAACUUCUUCUCAUAGUCUUCAUGACACCUUGCCAUGGCUACUAAAUCCUAUUUUCCAGCAAACCGAUAUAGUCCAAAACAGUUUGGUUCUCAAAGGAGAGAAAAACCUUUUUGCUCCUUUUGCAAAAUUUCUUAGCAUUCUUUAG